AUCUCGCUGUGUACGGAAGCGCUGCUGCAGCAUGGUGCACGGUCUGGACGGCAAUGUUCAAACACGUUUUUCUGACAGGACCUCCAGGUGUGGGGAAAACCACUCUGGUCCAGAAAGCCUGUGAGGCCUUAGUGUCAUCGGGAGUGGGAGUGGAAGGGUUUUACACAGAGGAGGUCAGGGAGGGAGGUCGGAGAGUGGGCUUUGAUGUCGUCACAGUGACAGGAGAGCGAGGCCACCUGUCCAGAAUCAGGGACGGCGCUGGCGUGUCUCAGGGCAGGAGGGAGUACACGGUCGGACAGUAUGUGGUUGACUUGCCCUCGUUUGAAAAUCUGGCUCUCCCCCUCUUCAGAAACGUCGGGUCAGCAAAUGGGAGCGGCAGGAAGGUGUUCGUCAUUGACGAGAUCGGGAAAAUGGAGCUGUUCAGCCAGUCGUUCAUCAGGGCAGUGAGACAGACUUUAGAUACCUCUACCUGCACGAUCCUGGGCACCAUCCCCAUCCCCAAGGGGAAACCGCUGGCUCUGGUCGAAGAGGUACGGAGCCGGAGGGACGUCAAGGUCUUCACUGUGUCUAAGGAGAACAGAAAUGUCAUCCUGCAGGAGAUUUUAGCGACGCUACAAGACUGUUUAAAACCUUCAACCUAGUGCUGAAAAGGAAAACUUUUCCCGCAGCCUUUUGUGUUUUUUUAUUUUUGCUGACGACGUAGUUUUAUGCACGUCACCUCGUGUGCAGUUUACGCAGCCCGGGCUGUUAAGUGGAUCUACACACGCCUCGCGGUCGACCUAAGCUGAGGUGCAUCCCGGGCUGCUGCGAGGGUUAGUGUGUCACAUGCAUGCAUUUAUGCCCACAAUUCAUUUUUCUUUCUUACUCACACGGCCUCAAAAUGGAUUGCACGCUGAAUAAUUGAUUGUGAGAUGGAACGCAGCGGGAGAAUUGUUCGGUAAAGACUCCCCGAGUUAAAGAACGCCCGGUCCUCAAAGCAGCUCUCUUUAUUUAACUGUGUCUUAGAGAGACACCAGCAGGCGUUCCUCAUGUAUGAGUACAUUUUAUAUUAAUUCGUUCCUGAGGACAAGUGCUGCUGCAUUUUUUCUUUUAAUUAAGGUGCAAACAAAGCCAAAGCCCCUGUUGAUUCCUUCAUUUUUUCGCCAUGUGAGCCUCCCUCGCGUUUGUCUUGUCAAAUUGAGGCUGUUCUCAUUGAAAAAUCAAUCAAUAUUUAACAGCAUAACUAUGUUCAAUCCUUUCAUGUUUUAUUCAUCCAUCCACAUGAAGCAUGAACACACCAAAAAAAAAAAUGAAAAUAAACAGCCUUUCAAGGAUGA